AUUGUUUUAGAUUUUCUCGUACAAGAGGGGGGGCUUAACAUUUGGGACGAAAUGAGUAAAACUCCCCUUGUUUAUGCUGUUCGAAAAGGGCAUUUGGAAAUGGUGAAAUUUUUAGUUGAACGGGGUGCUAAUUUGAACUCUAUAGAUUUAAUACGGAAGAUUGGUAUAUACGAUGUUCGCCUCGGUAAUUCGCAAAAUUAUUCAAUAUUCUAUGAAGCCAUCUCUACAAAUUACGUAAACGUAGUUGAAUAUCUUCUGGAUAGCUAUCUGCAGCAUAACGAAUGGUACAAAAUGGGUUCGAUUAUUCCUUACACGUUUGCUUAUUUAGGUCGAUUAGACUUAUUGAAAAAGUCGAAGGAAGAGGGCUUGAACGUAAACGGCGCUGUAGAAAAUCAAGAAACAAUAAUUUUUGGUGCGGCACGUGGCGAACGAUUAGACGCCAUUAGAUACUUAAUAGGUCAAGGUGCCGAUAUCAAUGCUAGGGACGGGAAGGGCAACACAAUGCUCCAUAUAACUGCCAUGAGAUCUUCGCUCUCGACCGCUGAAUUGGUGAUCGAAUUAGGGAUAAAAAUGGACGUUAAAAACUCUGUAGGCGAUCCAGAGCUACAUUAUGCAAUCCACAAUCUCGAUAUGGUAAAGUUAUUAGUGAAAAAGGACGUAGACGUGAACAUGAAGGAUGAACGAGGGAAUACUGCCAUCCAGAAAGCUGCCGCAAGAGGUAUGUUAGAAACAGUGAAAUUUCUCAUAGCUCAUGAGUCGGACGUUAAUAUUAGAAGUGAUAGUGGCGAAACGAUAUUGCAUUCUGCGGCAAGAAGUGGCGGAUUAGACACUGUCAAAUACCUUCUAACUGAAUUCGAUGUCAAAGUUACUGACAAUGACGGCAACACGCCAUUACACUCAGCUGCUUCGAUGGGUCAGUUAGAAACUGUGAAAUACCUAGUAGAACGGCACGCAGACAUUAAUAUUGGAAACAAUAAGGGUUAUACUGCCUUACAUAUAGCUGUUAUUUAUAGACAACCGAAGGCAGUCAAAUAUUUUGCCAAACUCGGAGCUGCCGUCAACACUAGGGACAAUAAUGGUCGUACGCCAUUACAUGUUGCUGUACUUCGAGGCGAAUUAGACAUUGUCAAAAGUCUGGUGGAAGUUGGAGCGGACGUCGAUCUCCGAGACCGCAAAGACUGCACCGCAUUACAUUGCUCUGCUCUCAAUGGCAAUCGUGACAUUCUCGAUUUUCUCCAGAAUCGUGAUAGGGAAAAUGAAAGACACGUGAUGCCUUCUUCCAUGAGGAGCGUAGGUGUAAAUUUCAUUUACGACCAAACGACUUUACAUUUUGCUGCUGCGGGUGGUGAUUUGGACGCCAUCAAAUACCUUGCGGGACUAGGUGUGAACUUAAAUAUUACCGAUGAUAAAGGCGAGACACCAUUGCAUUGGGCUGCGAAGAGAGGUAGGUUGGACGCUAUCAAAUUCCUUGCGAGGCGUGGUUCGGACGUUAACAGGAAAGACAAAAACGGCCUCACCGCAUUUCAUUAUGCCGCCCAGGAGG